AUGAAAGCAUAUCUAUAUGACAACCUUCCCGGCGACCAGCGACUGGCGCACGACUCCGGCAAGGCCAUUGACGCCGACGCACUGGGCAAGCUUGGUGUCCUAUACUAUCGCAUACCCGAACUUGAUGGCGUGAACGAACUCGCCAAGGAACGAGGCUACAGAAACCGUGACGAGAUCUUUGUCUCGCCGGAAAAGAUGGGCGCAAUCUACGAGGAAAAGGUCAAGACCUUCUUCCACGAGCACCUUCACGAGGACGAGGAGAUUCGCUACAUCCGCGACGGCCAGGGCUAUUUUGACGUACGAGCUGAAGACGAGAGCUGGAUCCGCAUCCAUCUCGGCAAAGACGAUCUCAUCAUUCUGCCCGCCGGCAUCUACCACCGAUUUACCACAGACGAGUCCAACUAUGUUCAUGCCAUGCGACUUUUCAAGGACGAGCCGAAAUGGACUCCUCUAAACCGCUGCCCGGAACUCGACGACAACAAGUAUCGCAAGGAGUACGUCGACGAGUUUCUUGCUCAAUGA